AUGAGGCAAGGAAUAAAGUUUUACACGAUCAUCUUUGUGAUGCAAAAGGAUUUGAGCAAUGAGCUGAAUACCAAAACAUCCCCAACAACCAACCAGGCACCUGGCCCAGAUGAAAAGGCGAAAGCUGGAAAUACCAAGAAGGCUGAGAAGGAAGAGGAGAUUGAUACUGAUCUGAUAGCACCACAAACAGAGAAGGCUGCUCUUGCUAUUCAGGGCAAGUUCCCACGAUUCCAGAAAAGGAAAAAGGAUCCCACCUCCUGA